UUACAGAUAAUGAAGUUACCUGUGUGAGCAAACGUUUAGUAUAAGUUUCCAUAAAUUGUUCUUUAUGAUGAUCUUUAACUACUAUUACACUUCAUGUUAAUUAGAAAAUUAACCUGUCACAAGACUUGAUUUAAAAAAAUUUCAUACAUUCUGCAAAGUUAUUCUUUUAUAACAAUGACAAAUCAGGCAUGUGAUGAAUCCGCCAAAGAAAUAAGACUGAUAAAUUCGGAUGAUGAAGGAUCCAUUCGAUUACGAACUGACAGUCAACAGAAAACUGUUGGUAAGGUGCAAAUGAAAAAACAGCUUGGUCUUUUAGAAGGAGUAGCUAUUAUAUUAGGAAUUAUAUUUGGUUCAGGUAUUUUCAUCACGCCAAAAGGUGUUAUACAAGAAGUAGGCAGUGUUGGACUAUCCUUAAUCAUAUGGAUAUUAUGUGGUUUGCUUUCUAUGGUGGGUGCAUUAUGUUAUGCUGAGUUAGGUACCAGUAUACCUCGCAGUGGAGGAGAUUAUGCUUAUAUUCAUGAGGCUUUCGGUGUUCUGCCUUCGUUCUUGUACUUAUGGGCUGCUAAUUUAAUUUUUGUACCAACAACAAAUGCUAUCAUGGGUUUGACUGUUGCUCAAUAUGUCUUACAGCCAUUUUUCCCUAACUGUAAUGUUCCAGAUGAUUGUGCACGAUUGAUAGCUGCACUCAGCAUAUGCUUGCUCACGUUUAUUAACUGCUAUGACGUAAAGGAAACUUCUAAGAUGCAGAAUAUAUUCAUGUUUGCUAAAAUUGGAGCAUUGGUGAUUAUUAUCAUAGCUGGUUUGGUUUGGCUAUGCAUGGGAUACACGGAAAAUUUCGAGAAUACUUUUGAAAAUACAAAUUAUAGUCCUGGCAAGAUUGCAGUGGCAUUUUAUUCUGGUAUAUUUUCUUAUUCAGGAUGGAAUUAUUUAAAUUUUAUGACGGAAGAACUAAAAAAUCCUUAUAAGAAUCUACCACGUGCAAUUUACAUAUCACUGCCGUUGGUAACCUUCAUCUACGUUAUGGCGAAUGUAGCUUACUUGGCUGUUUUGACGCCGACAGCCAUGAUUGCUUCUAAUGCUAUCGCAGUGACUUUCGGUGAUCAAGUACUUGGAUAUUUAGCUUGGACCAUAUCAGUAAUGGUGGCUGUAUCAGCCUUUGGCGGAUUGAGCGUACACAUCAUGACGUCGUCAAGAAUGUGCUUCGUUGGUGCUAGAAAUGGUAAUUUCCCCUCGAUGUUAAGUCACAUCAACAUGUCCAGACUGUCGCCUACUCCUGCCUUAGUAUUUCUGUGUAUUCUGUCUCUGGUAAUGUUAUGCACAAGCGAUAUCAUCGUGCUGAUUACGUAUUGUAGCAUAGUAGAAUCGUUCUUUAUUAUGAUCUCUGUGGCUGGAAUUUUAUGGUUACGCUACAAACGGCCUGACAUGGAACGACCGAUCAAGGUGCCAUUAUGGAUACCUAUAGUAUUCGUAGCAGUAUGUGCGUUUUUAGUUCUCGUACCAUGUUAUGAAAGACCGUAUGAGGUUGGAAUGGGUAUCUUGAUUACCGCUUCCGGUAUACCCGCGUAUUUUAUUGGAGUCGUUUGGAAAGACAAGCCGUUGUGGUUCCAGAAAAUCAACGUUGAAGCUACGCAUACUGUGCAGAAGUUAUUCCUGUCUGCGAAAGAAGAACGUGAAAUUGAUUAACUAGAUGGCCAAUUUUAUAAAUUAAAUUAAAUCCCACCAAAAUAAACUAAGAAAUGAUCUUAUCGAGAUGAUUCAGAAAGUCGAGGAGAAUUUGGAGAUUUGUAAACUUAAAAUUUUGGAAAAUAUCAGAAUUCAGAAGAAGAAAGAAUUUGAGAAUAGAAAGUUUCCAAAGAGUAGAGGAUUCAAAUAUAUUUAGAGAAUUUUUAUAAUGUAAAAUGUUACAUUAUAAGAUGCUGGAAUAAUUUAUUAUAAAAAUCAAAGAAUAUAAAGAUAUUAAUAACACAAUCUGGUUUAUA